CUCACGAUGGCGACCGUCCGACAAGUGCGCCAGACCGACUUCACGGCGGCGAAGGGCAACUCGCUCCAAGCGUGCAUCGCAUCAUUGCGAGGCGUCGAGCUGGACGCGGUGCCUAACUUCAUUUUGGACCCUUCCGGCUACAUGCCCGCCAUCAACCGCUACCUGGCGCCGCAGGGCUUGACCUUUGAGAAGAUCAACUUGGCCGCCGAUGGCUCCGUGCCCGCCGACACGAGCCUUCUACAACCAGGUAGCGCGGUGGUGCUGCGGGGCAAGUCGCCACGUGGCGACUUUGGUCACGUGGUCGUGGCGCGCGUCGAAGCGUCCGGGCAAGCGUUCGAGCCGAUCAUGGAUCCCCACCCGGACGACGCGUUUCUCGAUGGCCCAGGCCAGUGGGUCGGUGUCCUCGUCCCGACAGCGAUCGCGCGUGCAUAAAAUACAACGCUAUGCCAAAAUCAAGUCUUCUUGACUCCAUCCA